UCCAUGUAUCCUAAAACUUGUAACAUUUUUUUCUCUCUAAAUUUCCUUUACCAAGUCCCUAAACCUUCGUUAAAUCAAUCGCCCAAAGACCCAUUCGUGUUGUUUGUCUCUCUGGUCCUCCCUUCCCUCCAGCCAUCCCAAUGGGGAACUGUUGUUCCCAAGCUCAAUCUCAAGAUGCAGAACCCGAAGCUCAAAAAGCCUUAAAAGGGGAAGGAGGAGGAGGAGACAAACCAAAUGAUCAAGAAAAACCGCCCACUGCACCCCCUAAAAAGGUCCCUACCGCUCAACCAACAAAGAAUAAUGGCAAGCAUUCUGUUAUUGGAACAGUCUUGGGACGUCCCAUGGAAGAUGUUCGGACCCUUUACAGCAUUGGCAAAGAACUCGGUAGGGGACAGUUUGGUGUCACACAUUUAUGUACAUGCAAGAAAACCGGCAAACAAUUUGCAUGCAAAACCAUAGCCAAACGAAAACUUGCUAAUAAAGAGGACAUUGAGGAUGUUAAGAGGGAGGUUCAGAUUAUGCAUCAUUUGGCUGGCCAGCCAAAUAUUGUUGAGCUUAAAGGGGCCUUUGAGGACAAACAUUCUGUACAUUUGGUAAUGGAAUUGUGUGCCGGAGGAGAGUUGUUUGAUCGAAUCAUCGCCAAGGGCCAUUAUACUGAAAGGGCUGCAGCAUCGUUGCUUAGGACCAUUGUUCAAAUCGUUCAUACCUGUCAUUCCAUGGGUGUUAUUCAUAGAGAUCUUAAACCCGAAAAUUUCCUUCUUUUGAAUAAGGAUGAGAAUGCUCCUCUUAAAGCUACAGACUUUGGCCUUUCUGUGUUCUAUAAACAAGGGGAAGUAUUCAAAGAUAUUGUGGGAAGUGCGUAUUAUAUUGCACCCGAAGUCUUGAAAAGAAAAUACGGACCUGAAGUUGAUAUAUGGAGUAUCGGGGUUAUGUUAUAUAUUCUUCUUAGUGGAGUUCCUCCCUUUUGGGCAGAAUCGGAGCAUGGGAUAUUCAAUGCAAUCUUGCGUGGGCAUAUUGAUUUCACGAGUGAUCCCUGGCCUUCAAUUUCUCAACCAGCCAAGGAUCUUGUAAAGAAGAUGUUGAACUCAGACCCGAAGCAAAGGCUGACAGCACAUCAAGUUCUUUCUCAUCCAUGGAUAAAGGAAGAUGGAGAAGCACCCGAUACACCACUUGACAACGCUGUUCUUGGCAGACUAAAACAGUUUAGAGCCAUGAAUAACUUUAAGAAAGUGGCACUUCGGGUCAUUGCAGGAUGCCUUUCUGAAGAAGAAAUCAUGGGAUUGAAGCAAAUGUUCAGAGGCAUGGAUUCCGAUAACAGUGGAACGAUUACACUUGAGGAGUUAAAACAUGGACUAUCCAAGCAAGGGACAAGACUAUCCGAAUCUGAAGUCAAGCAGUUGAUGGAAGCUGCUGAUGCAGAUGGAAACGGAACCAUUGAUUAUGAAGAGUUCAUAACAGCAACAAUGCAUCUGAACAGAAUGGAUAAAGAAGAUCAUUUGUACACUGCCUUCCAAUACUUUGAUAAAGAUAACAGCGGGUACAUUACUAUAGAAGAACUAGAGCACGCUCUGCGUGAUAAUGGAAUGAAUGACGAUAGGGACAUUAAGGAGGUUAUAUCUGAAGUUGACUCUGAUCAUGAUGGCCGGAUCAACUACGACGAGUUUGUGGCAAUGAUGAGAUCAAAAACGCAAGCAGACACGUUGAAUCCUAAGAAACGAAGACAAUCCUUUGUCGCCAAAUGAAAAU